AAGGCCUUGUCUUGACUCUUGACCAACUGAUCCUUUCCUCUUCUGUUUGUUUCUUGGUGUUUUCAUCUGAUUCCUCCAACUAAUACUGCACUAGUCUCAGCUCCCUGCUUGUCUCUCUGUUCGCUGUGUUCUUUAUCAGACUGAGCUCUUCACUCUUUCCCCAUUACAGCUUUCUGCAUUUCAAUCUCUAAGCCCUGUCAAAUUAAGACGACAUUUUGAGCAUACCCUGUUGUUAUUUGUGGGUAAAUAAUACCCUGUUGUUCUUAUUUUCCUGUAUUAGUAGGUUUGAUUUGAAAUGAUGAACAUACCUGAGCUGUUUAUAUGCCCAAUUAGUCUGGAGCUGUUCAAAGAUCCUGUGACUCUAUGCACAGGCCUAACCUAUGACAGGUCGAGCAUUCAAAAAUGGCUUGCCGCUGGUAAUCUGACAUGUCCAGUCACAAUGCAGAAGCUUGACGAUCCAAUCACCAUGGUUCCUAACCACACUCUUCGCCAUUUGAUCACUCAGUGGCUGCAAAUGGGUACUCAAACUGAAAACUCAAAUCAUUCUGACGAUCAUUGUGUUCUAGAAACAGCAACUAUUGAUUCUUUAGCUUCUGUCAAACACGUACUCAAGUCUAAUGAGUUUGGCUUCAAGAGCAAGGUUCUAGCACUCGAAAAGAUUACAUCUUCACCGUCCACAGAUUACUUGCUCCUGCAGUUGGGGUACUUGCCUUUGUUACUUGAACUUGUCUUUGGACUAGUUCCAGAAGCCAGAGUACUACUCAUCAGUGAAGAGCACUACUGCAUCAAGUUUGUCGAGCUUGCGCUUUCUUGUGUUCUGAUGCUGCUGCCUCUAGGGGUUGAAUUAGAGUCCCUAAAUAUGCUGAAAGAAGAGAGAAAGUUGUCAUCGUUUGAAGUCUUGUUGGCCUGCGGCUCUGCAUUCAUUAGAAUCAACUUGUGCCGCCUCAUAGAGGCAGUUUCGGCAUCAGAUAGCAGCAGCAGCAGCAGCAUCAGCAGAAGAAAAAGGCUGUGUAUUGUGCUUGGAAAGCACCGGGGGAUCUUGAAUCAGCUGGUUCAGCUAAUUCUACACCCGAAUGAUUCGGAGGAGGAGGCUGCAGAUGCUGCAAUCAGAGCCUUAUCAUCAUUGUCUUCCUUUGAAGAGAACAUAGAGUCUUUGGUCAGAAAUGGCAUGGUAAAUGGACUAGUGACAUACAUUACUAGAACCGUAAAGCACGAAAGAAGCCUAGCGCCAUUGGCAACGGCGAUAAUUGAGAGGCUUUUAGGAGUAGAGAGUGCAAGAGAGGAAUUGCUUAAUAGUAAUAGCAAUAAUGGCACAAGUGGCAAUGGCAUUCAUGCUCUUGUCAAAAUGGUUUUCAGGGUAUCGUGGUCCGAUGUUGAUGAUGAUCAUGAGCACCAUCGAGGGAGUGAAAGUGCCGUCUCCUCACUUUUGAUUGUCUGCAAUGAUUCUGUAUUGGCACGAGAGGAAGCCAUUAGCGUCGGUGUGCUGACUCAGUUACUGUUACUCAUGCAGAGCCAGUGCAGCAGUAGCACCAAAGCAAAAGCAAGAAAGUUGCUCAAACUCCUUAGAACCAAGUGGUCUCAGGACUCAAAGCAAUUCAUCUCAAUGGUGUAG